UUGGCUAGCACACCGCUGUCCCCGCCCCCUCCAGCCUGGCCCCGCCCCGCUCCUCUCUGUUUUUAAGUCUUCCUCCGCGACCGACGCGCGUCACUGCUGGCGGAGUCACGUGACAGCGGUGCUCGUAGUCGGUUAUAUGAUCUAAGUACUGACGGGGAGUCCCCGGUGAGCGGAGGAAUCGGCAGCCACAGGGGCUGGGGGAACCGAUAGUGAGGCCCGGCCCCCCAGCCGUAUAGCUACACUACACACCGAGUGAGUGUCAGGCCCCGCCGGGACAGAGCAGCACCCCUCUUUCUCCUUCGCCAUCCAGCCCCCCAGCCCUGUGCAUCCAGCGGAGUGGGAGACCCCGGGGGGGAGCUGCAGCCAUGUCAUCUCCCAGCCCGGGCAAGAGGCGAAUGGACACGGAUGUUGUCAAACUCAUUGAAAGCAAACAUGAAGUCACAAUCCUAGGUGGACUAAAUGAAUUCAUAGUGAAGUUUUAUGGACCACAAGGAACACCAUAUGAAGGUGGCGUGUGGAAAGUUAGAGUGGACCUUCCAGAUAAAUAUCCUUUCAAAUCUCCUUCUAUAGGAUUUAUGAACAAAAUAUUUCACCCCAAUAUUGAUGAAGCGUCAGGUACAGUGUGUCUAGAUGUCAUCAAUCAAACCUGGACAGCUCUGUAUGAUCUUACCAAUAUAUUUGAGUCUUUUCUGCCCCAGCUGCUGGCUUACCCAAACCCAAUAGAUCCCCUUAAUGGAGAUGCAGCAGCUAUGUAUCUACAUCGACCAGAGGAGUACAAACAGAAAAUUAAAGAAUAUAUCCAAAAAUAUGCAACGGAAGAAGCGCUUAAAGAACAGGAGGAGCGCACAGGCGACAGCUCGUCUGAAAGCUCAAUGUCUGACUUCUCCGAAGACGAAGCCCAGGACAUGGAGUUGUAGUAGAAGCAAUCUGCUUUUCGGAAGCGAUAAACAAAUACAGACUUCUUUCCUAACCAUGAGAAGCAGACUAUAAUAUUCAUAUUUAAACAAAGCAAUUUUUUUUAUUACUAAACAAGGUUUUUAUGAAUAAUAGCAUUGAUAUAUCACCCUUUUAGGUCUUGAUUUUCCUGAUCAUUUCUCAGCCCAAUGUUCAUAGCAUAUUUUCCCCUCCCCACAUUCCAUUUUGGUAGCUGUGUGCAUGAGUUCAGCAGUCAACAUUGUGCGCUACUUGAACUCUAAGGAUAAAAAAAAAAACCCCACAAAGCAACAAAUAAUUCUGGCUGCUGUGAUGAUGUAGUUUUCAAGUAGUGUUGUCAUUUUCAGUGCCCUGCCAAGUGGAUCAUGUCUUGGACUCUCUGUUGGAAUAUUACAUUCUCCAAAGCCUAAUGGUGAACACUGAGGCAUAUUGUACUAAAAACAACUUAAGAUUACAAAGACAAACAUUAAAGGAAUGUGUGCUUUAGUGGGACACCAGUUGGUGUUACCCUCUUCUUUUUUUUUUUAUGUUUUUAAUACCUGCAUAUUUGUUUGGAAAUCCACAUUCUGAUUGCCCAAAAGAGCAGGAGUUCAUCCUACCCUGUCUCAGGUUUUAAGUAUAUAUAUAUAUAUAUAUAUAUAUAUAUAUAUAUAUAUAUAUAUAUAUAUAUAUAUAUAUUUAUUAAUAAUUUGGCUGUUUUUUUCUUUCUUUUUAAACAUGGAUAUAUGCUCCUAUUUUAAUGCCAAGAGAGGAAAUGGAAUGUCUAAAUUCCUAGUGUACUGGUGAGUACCAUCUUGCAGGAAUUUAUUUGUUAGGAUGGAGAAAGGGUUGGGUGGGCUGAAUGUGUGCUGAAGUGUCCCAUUGCCAUUGUGUCCCCUUUACAGCAAAUAAGGGUGGUGAAUUGUAUGACUUAAUUUACUUUCAAAUAUAGAGAUAACUACAGGUGUGAGUCUUGUUAUUCAAGGUUCUGGAGCACUGGUCAGAUGUGUGAUCAGUGGCUACAGACAGUCCUGCCCAAAGAAAUGUUCCAUACACUUAGUCAUGUUUAUUAAAGGCCAUUUCUUAGUAUUAAAGAGCAUGCUCGAAUAUCUGCCAAUUUAAGUUCAAUAUAACAGGUAAUGCUGACAGUCACAACUUUCCAUAAUAUAGCAGAGAUUUGAAUUUGCAUUCUACUAUUUAGAGAAGUGAUGACUUAAAGUCCCCUUAUUUUUAGGAUAUACACCGGAAUUAUAUAAGAGAUUCUGUUUCUGUGUUUACCGGACCUCAGGACACGGCUUGACAACCACAUUAAUCAGUGCUAACUUUAAAUGCAGUUCGGCCAAAAAUGGGUUAAGCUAUGAGGUCUGUCUGAAAAGACCAUGAGCAAAUGACCAUAUGUCAUUCUAAAAUUCUGAUGUCUUUACUCUUAAGCUCAGAUUUCAAGCACUUUUGUAGAUGCGUUUUAGACUUGCCAUUUCCUUGAAUUCUGAAAGUGGUUCAAACUAUCACGUUCUAGGUUGCCUUCCUUGCUUUAAGACAGUGGUUUUCAUAUCUAAUCCUCAAGUGCCCCAAGCAAGUCAUGGUUUCAGGAUUUCUGUGUGGAAACAGGUGUGACUUCUGACCCUGAAAAAUAGAUGAAAGAAAUCCAGAACAAGACCUGUUGUGGGUGCUUUAAGACAAAAGAACAUUUUUGCGUGGUCAUUUUAGAAUGGCACCCAGCAUUUAAUGGGAGAUGCUGUCUUUUGACAUGGAAAGCACUUCUAGAGUGAAUGCUACAUUUUCCAAGAUUGAGCACUACUUAUGAAAGGUGAUAGGGUGGGACCUGUAGACCACCUGUUUCACACCACAUUUAAAUUGGUUUUGCUGAGACUUUCUAUUCAAAUGCAAAAUAACUCCCAUGUGUUGUGUUAAAAUAAGAAUAUAUUCAUGUUUAAUAAAAUGCUUUAUUUGAAGCUGUAGAA